AUGGUGCAUUAUAGGAAGCUAUCCCCACCUUUUAGAGCUUUUUCCCUUGCUCUGACCAUAACCGAGGAGCCAAAAACAUAUCAGCAGGCUGUGGCUCAUGAAUGUUGGAGAAACGCCAUUAGUGCGGAGUUGCUAGCUCUUGAAAGGAACAAGACUUGGACCGUUUCUUCUUUGCCUCCAGGAAAGCAUGCUAUCGGUUGUAAAUGGGUGAGCCGCCAAUGGAAUCUGCGGCUGUGUGGUUUUCUUAAGCAGCACGGUUUCCUCAAAUCCAGUCAUGAUCAUUCCUUUUUUACCAAGCGCACCAGCAGUGGACUGGUGGUGAUCCUUGUGUAUGUGGAUGAUUUAGUGUUAUCCAGAGAUAAUGCAGUUGAGAUUAAUGCUAUUAAGGAAGCCUUGGAUGCUGAAUUCAGCAUCAAGGAUUUGAGAAGACUGAAGUUCUUACUGGGAAUGGAGGUAGCAUGCAGUUCUCAGGGUAUUGCUUUGUACCAAAGGAAGUAUACCUUGGAUCUCCUUGAUGAGUUUGGGAUGGUGGAGGCAAAACCAGCAAGUGUGCCUAUGCUUUACAAUGGAAAAUUAGCUAAAGAUAGUGGCUCUAAGCUCCCAAAUUUGACAAAAUUUAGAAGGUUGCUUGGGAGACUCCUUUAUUUGACUAAUACACGUUCGGAUAUUGCAUAUGCAGUUGGUAAACUCAGUCAGUUUCUCGAUUGUGCCAUUGAUGAACAUUUUAAGGCUGCAUUUCUCAUUCUUAGUUAUCUCAAACAAGCACCAGUGAAGGGGUUAUUCUUCCCUUCCAAGAAUGAUUUCAAGCUUUCCGGCUUUGUUGAUUCUGAUUGGGCUACGUGUGCGGACACCAAACGCUCAGUCACCGGGUAUUACUACUUCCUUGGAUCUUCCCUCGUGUCUUGGAAGAGUAAGAAACAGACAACGGUGGCCUGCUCUUCCUCCGAAGCAGAGUAUCGGGCUAUGGCACAAGCAACUAGAGAGGGGCAAUGGUUAUUGUUUCUCCUUCUUGAAUUUGGGAUUCAGCACUCGCAACCAAUCAGUUUGUAUUAUGAUAAUCAAUUCGCGAUGCAUAUUGCAGUGAAUCCGAUUUUUCACAGACGAACAAAACACAUUGAGGUGGAUUGUCACAUCGUGCGGGAGAAGGUGUUGAGCACGGUUUUCACAAGGUACUUAGUGAUAAGGUACUUAGUUAUAUGUGGGUCUACUCUUUCACAAAUAACACAUUUUAGUUCUUCAAAUGGUAAUGUAAAAGGAACAACAAGCUCACAUGGAUUCUCGCAUACAAAUAUUACACCCGCAUGUGUUUGUAACAAGAUUUGA